UUUCAGAUUGUGUGAUAGACAUCACCAAAGUACCAAUGGAAAAGAGCAUUUCCUUAAAAAGAAGCAGUUAGGAGAUUGCUAUAUUUAAUGUGAUUUAAUGUGGCAGUUCCACUAUGUCGCCGUCAGCAAACAAAUCGGUGCUUAGUUACUAGUACUAGUAUACGAGACAUUGCAGAUAAGAAGAAAGUGUUCCCCGUUUCUAGAAGGUUCCUUACUUUCCGGUAAUAAUAACAAUAAUAAUAAUAAUGCUUCAGAUGAGUGGAAAGCUGUUCCUGAUAUUUGGAAAUCUUCUGCUGAUAAAUACGGUGAUAAAGUAGCUUUAGUUGAUCCUUAUCAUGAUCCUCCUUCAACUAUCACAUAUAAACAGUUGGAGCAAGCGAUUUUGGACUUUGCAGAAGGAUUAAGAGUCAUUGGAGUAAGACCUCAUGAAAAGCUUGCGCUUUUUGCGGAUAAUUCAUGUCGUUGGCUUGUAGCAGAUCAAGUCUAGGCAUGAUGGCAUGUGGGGCAAUCAAUGUGGUAAGAGGCUCAAGGUCAUCCGAUGAAGAGCUAUUGCAAAUAUACAACCACUCUGAAAGUGUUGCACUAGCCGUGGAUGGCCCCGAAAUGUUUAACCGGAUUGCAAAAACGUUCUAUUCAAAAACUAGCAUGAGAUUUAUUAUUUUGCUUUGGGGAGAAAAAUCAGGCUUGAGCCUGAUUUCUGAAGAAAACAAAGAUGUUCAAAUCUUUAGUUUCAUGGAAGUCAUAGAUUUGGGACGAGAGAGUCGCAGGACAUGGUCUGAUUCUCAUGAAGCUAGUCAACAAUAUUAUUAUGAAGCAAUCAACUCAGAUGACAUUGCUACUCUUGUAUACACAAGUGGAACAACAGGAAACCCAAAAGGUGUUAUGCUAACCCAUCAGAACCUUCUGCAUCAGAUAAAAAAUUUAUGGGAAAUUGUACCUGCUGAAGUUGGGGACAGAUUUCUAAGCAUGCUUCCACCUUGGCAUGCAUAUGAAAGAGCUUGUGAGUAUUUUAUUUUCACAUUCGGUGUUGAGCAAGUAUACACAACCGUGAGAAACCUGAAGGAUGAUUUGAAACGUUACCAACCACAUUACUUGAUUUCUGUUCCUUUAGUUUUUGAAACAUUAUACAGUGGAAUCCAGAAGCAGAUAUCUACUAGCCCCCUUGUUAGAAAGCUUGUUGCGUUAACAUUCAUAAAAGUCAGCUUAGCAUACAUGGAGUAUAGACGUAUUUAUGAGGGUAAAUGUCUAACGAGGAAUACAAAGCAGCCUUCCAUUAUCCAUUCAACAUUGGACUGGUUAUGGGCAAGCAUUAUUGCCUCAAUAUUAUUUCCAAUUCAUCUUCUGGCAAAGAAACUCGUGUACAGUAAAAUCCAUUCAGCUAUUGGAAUAUCAAAGGCUGGAAUAAGUGGGGGCGGUAGUUUACCUUUGCAAGUUGAUAAGUUUUUUGAGGCAAUUGGAGUGAAAGUGCAAAAUGGAUAUGGAUUAACAGAAACUUCACCAGUUAUUGCUGCUCGACGACCUAGAUGUAAUGUUAUUGGGUCCGUUGGGCAUCCAGUUCAGCAUACGGAAUUCAAAGUAGUAGAUUCUGAAACUGAUGAAGUUCUUCCACCAGGUUCAAAGGGCAUUUUGAAAGUCAGGGGUCCACCUGUGAUGAAAGGAUACUUCAAGAAUCCAUUAGCUACAGACCAAGCCUUAGAUAGGGAUGGCUGGUUGAAUACUGGUGAUCUUGGGUGGGUUGUUCCCCACCAUUCUACUGGGCGGAGUCGCAACUCUAGUGGUGUGGUUGUUGUGGACGGCCGAGCUAAAGACACUAUUGUGCUUUCAACAGGUGAAAAUGUUGAACCGGCAGAACUUGAAGAAGCUGCCAUGAGGAGUAGCAUAAUUCAACAAAUUCUUGUUGUUGGUCAGGAUAAGCGACGUCUUGGGGCUAUCAUCGUUCCCAACAGUGAAGAAGUUUUAAAGGUUGCAAGAGAGUUGUCAAUUAUAGAUUCCAUCAGUUCUGAUGUUAGUGAGGAAAAAAUGAUGAACAUAAUAUAUAAAGAAUUAAAAACCUGGAUGUCAAAAUCUCCAUUUCAAAUUGGACCAAUCCUUCUUGUAAACGAACCCUUCACGAUUGAUAAUGGUCUAAUGACACCCACCAUGAAAGUUCGAAGAGAUAGAGUUGUGGCUAAAUACAAGGAGCAAAUAGAAAAUUUAUACAAGUGAACACCCUAAUCUAUACAAGUCUCCAAAUAGUUUGAUGCAUGAAUAAAAUUGUAUAAUUUUUAUGAUACAUGUAACUUUUGUUCUUAAACGGUCAUAUUUAUCAUCAGUUUGUAAUAAUAUUUGACAUUAAUUCUAUAACUAGGUUGCAUGGGUGAAACUUAUUCAUUA